AUGAGUGCAUUAUUCAACUUUCAAAGUUUACUUUCGGUAAUCCUAUUGUUGAUCUGCACCUGCGCUUAUGUGCGACCACUCUGUCCCAGGAUAUUGGAUCGGAAUAAGUCCGGGUUACGGCUUACAUUGUGGAAGUUGGCGCGGAUCGGAGAACGCGAAUCGCCUUGGGUUGGUGCUGCCUGCGUUGUUAUGGCAAUAAUGUUGCUGUUUUCCAACUAAGAUCAAAUUAAUACAGCGUGAAAUCUUUCGGUAUAUCUAAUUAAACACCAACAAACAGCUAGCACAGUGUAGCAUUUGUGCUAAACUAGAUCCAUAUGGAUAAGCGUAAACUAAAAGCUGCUUUAAAAUAAAUAAUUAAAACACA